AUGGACCUAAAACUAAAAAAUCCUAAGUUCUGGUAUAGUCUCCAUGGCCAGGUCCCAGGGCUGAUGGACUGGGACAUGGGGAAUGAGAUAUUCCUGCCCUGCACCACAGACCAAUGCCCCUUAGCUGAGCAGAACUUUGCCAAAUACAGACUCCGAGUAAUGGAACCCCCAAAGGUGCCUCAGGAGAGGAGACCCAAUCUUGACAAAGAUGGUCCUGACUCUGAACCCAACCUGUGGAUGUGGGUGAAUCCCAACAUCGCAUGCUCCCUUGGCAGCCAGGAGGCCCCAAAGCCCAGAAAGAAAAAGGAUCUGACAAGCCUGCUUCCUUUACCUCAGCCACUCCCAAAGGAUAAAGAGUCUAAUUGCUCAGAGCCCACAGUGAUGGAGACUCUGCCAUCCUCCUCCAGUGAGCAAUCUCCCCCACAGAAGCAGCUCACCUCCUCCCCCAGUGACUGGAAGCUCACAGAAGAGGAGACUGAGGAACAAGAUGACAACACCUCUAUGACCCUCCAACCCCCUAACAAAUGGGAGUGCUUCCAGAGCCAGAAACUAUGGCAAGGCAACAGCCAGGAGAGGAGGUCCUGGCCUCGGCCCCCUCUCAACUACAGUCACCUAAUUGCCCUGGCAUUAAGAAACAGCCCCCCUUGUGGCCUCAAUGUGCAAGAGAUCUACAGUUUCACCCGACAGCAUUUCCCCUUUUUCUGGACAGCUCCAGAUGGCUGGAAGAACACCAUCAGCCACAACCUCUGCUUCUUGGGCAGCUUUGAGAAGGCCCCAGUCAGCCUUCAGGACAGGGCCAAUGCAAGGCCACCGUCUGGCCUAUGGAGGCUUACUGAGGAGGGACAUCGCCGCUUUCAGGAGGAGACUCAUGCCUUAGCCUCUGUUCGGAAGGAGAGCAUCCAACAGUGCAUGAGCCAGCCAGAUGUGAUGACCUCCCUCUUUGACCUUUGA